AUGAAUAAACCCCGUUAUGAUACGAUACGAUACGUUUCGACCCUCGCAGGUAAACCGAUUGGAAAUCCUUACGAAAAUGUAAGAAGUCUCCUACAGGAAGUUAAACUCCAAGAAAAAAUCGACGUUUUAACGAGAGGAUUUUGUGAGCUGGACGCAGAAAGUUAUGGCGUCGAAUUGAAAAAAGGUCCAGGACUGGACACUUCCGGAGCUUUUACGGAAAUAAGACACUGCAUACGACCCCCGGUUUUGUCACCGUUCAAAGCACUCAACGACGAAAUAGAAAAUACCAUUUAUGAUUCUUACUGGAAUAAACCGUUGGGAAAAUCUAGGGAUCCGACACCGGGACUACCCGCCGGAAUGGACAUUUACAAUACGACGUUUGGUAAACCUACCAUUCGAACGGAUCCCGAUAAUUGCAUAAUAAAUCCAAAACCACCGGAAAUGGUUGAAUACGAAGAAAAAGCAUGUCACGAUUUAUACGUUUUCACUCACAAUAAUUAUUUUUCCGGCGAACAAAUAAGAAGAAACUAUAAAAAACCAUUCAGUCAUUACAACGUUCACGGUAGACCCUCUAACAAACAAGAAGAUGGAUCAAGAGUUAAAAAAUGUUUGACUUGGUUCAAUAACGAUCCAUUGAGUAACGUUAGCAGAAGGUUGGCAGCAGUGAGAAAUAGAACACUACCAAAUUUGGGAAAAGGAUUAGACAAAACGGGAGUAUCCAACAUGUUUCCGGCAGAUCAUACGUACGGUGCCAUAUCGCCUAAAAAUCCAUUCGGUGUUGAAGAUUUACUUUACAUGUGUCCACCGAGUUUAAUUAGAAAAGACGUUCUCACGUUUUUAGCCUACGCGAAUAAAUUAAGACAAUCCAUAGAUAAAAAAAUAAAAACGACGGAUUUUACAUUAGAAGAUUUAUUUGAAGAAAUUUUAAGUUUAAAUAAAAACAAAAAUGAUUACGAUGAAAACGUUCCAAAUUAUUACGUUCAUUUGGAUUGCAUCGAUUUGAUAAUGAGAAAACACGCGUUGAUAUUAGACAGGAGUAAACUCGAACCUUUACUCCUCAUGCUCGGUAUACUCUCUGAAAAUUUCGAAAUAAACGUGAAGGAUUUUAUUAAAUUCAUUGAUAAAAACAGUCCAUUUCCGGAUUUGAAAAAAGAACAUUAUAUACUCCCGAAAGAAUUUCAAGAGUGUGAAGAUCCUUCCGUGUGUCAUUGUUUUAAAGACGAUUGUAAAAUAAUUUGCAUGCGAAGAGCAGGGGAGCCAACACUUCGAUAUGAUUUACAAAAACCAUUUUACACUCUUUCCCUCGUCAACAUGGAUCAUUUGGGACAGGAAACGACGGCGAGAACUCUCAUUUCACCCUCCAUAUACACUCAAUACGGUCUCAGUCACAGAGAUUUUUUCAAACCGAGAAGUAAAAAAUUUUUAGGAGAUCUUUUCAAAAAGAUAAAAGUCACGCUGUCGGAUAAAGAAUUGGAUGAAAUUUACGAUGAAGGUUUCGCUCUCGAUCAAACCGGCGGAGUUUGCGUCGAAACAUUUCGAAAUUUACUAGACGAAAGAGCUUACAACGAAUACAACAAUUUGGAAAAUAUACGUGAGACUGUUCUCGAUGUUAAGAAAAAAAGCAAAAAGUGA